CUAUGGUUUGGAAUUGAUCGAAGGACCAGGUAAGAGACAUGUGCAGUAGUCAAGGUGAGUUUUGUGUUGAUUAUUAAAACGAAAAUACUCAGAAGCAGACUCGAGUUAAAUUUUAAGUGUUAAGUGAUAUUUGGGAAAAAGAGCGCUACUCAAUGGAAAGACAUAGUUCAUGGGAUAAUUUGUCUCAAAAAGACAUAGCAUCUCCUUGCCACUCAGUCAAAUCGUUACUUCAAACAUCCCGAACGAAUUUAUCACCUUAUCAAACCUCAUCUCAGAUUUUUACCAUGCUGGAUUCUAAAAAAUGUACCGAUACUCAUCAAAGACAUCAGUUACCUGAUUGGAUGAAAGAUUUGAGGCGUCAAGAAAAAUUAUUAAGUCAAAAAAGACGUAUUACAAAUGAGAAACCAGUCAUGAAUCUUGUACGUCGUGUGAAUGAUACAGAGCCCUCUGAAACAUGUUUGAAAACGACUCAGGAUAAUCUCGUUAAGAAUUUAGAGGCGCAGGAAGAAACGUAUAGUAACACGACAACACUUACCCUAGAGCCCUUUCCUCCAACGUUUCCUAAGGAUGGAGCUGAGAUCAAGUCCGAGCAACAUUUGGUGCACAAUGGAAGACCAACUUUACAGGAAGUUCAUCUUAAUAAAGGCAGUAACGUGCCGAAUGCUAGGCCUUUCGCAAUAAACCCAGUAGAAUUCAAUGAUUGUCUUCAUGUGAAGGGUUCGGUACCCGACAAUUUAGGCGAAGCUUCACAGGAACCAAACGGCAAUGCAGCACGUCAGGCAUGCGGUCCAAUUGAUGAAGGAGUUACUACACAAUUUGAUAGUGUUGAAAACAGUCAAAGUGGUAUUGCUAAAGAGUGUGACUGUUCUAUUCCAUGCAUUGGCUCCUGUAAGCGUUCACAAGGUCUAGGGACGCAGUCACAUGAAAAUGAAACGAUAGGGAACUUCAAUCAGGUGUUGAUGAAUGAAAACCAGAGACAUGGUGGUGAAGUCAGUGGUUUUAGCCAAAACACCGCUUUACGUGAAAACAAAGCACAAUUAAACCAUCUCGAUGAGUACAUUCAGUCCUCAGAAGGAUUACUAGAGAUUAUAUCGACAUUGACUGAUGCUUUACCUCAACUGAAAACAGCCAUGGAAGAGAAAGAGGGAUCGUUGGAUCAAAUCAUGAAAGUUGUUGCGUCAAUGAAAACAACAUUAACAGACUGUGUCAGUGCAUUGGAGAAUAUGUGUGAUACCACCGCAUCGUAUUCCAAAUGUGUGAAACAUGUUAAAGAGCAAAAACUCAAGAAAAAUGAUACUAUAGAGAAACAUGUGAAGAUAGUUGAGGAAUCAUUUUCUAAAAGUGCCACUUUUAAACAAACAUUAUGCGUUGUUAACGAUAUGAUUGAAGAAGUUGAAAAGCAAAAUGAUCUUGUGCAAAGUCGACUAUCACAUUUGGAGAAGGAUGUGACGCGUGAAGCAACAAAGCCUUGCAACACGCUAGUUCUUACCGACAGUGGGAGAGAUUUACAAAAUUAUCGGACUCAGGCUCAAGAAGAUCAUUUUUAUGCUCAAAAGCAUGUAGAAGAACUCUUAGAACGUUUGAAGCUGAAAAGUAUACCGAAAUGUAUAGGUUGUCGUGGUUACGAAGAAAAAACAAACCCAAGGAAACAAAAAAAAAAGUGUGUUAGUUAUCCUGAUAUAACACGCUCGUUUCACAAGAACAUUACCGAACAGUUUAGUACCAGUUUGUCAAAUUCUUCUUCUUGUUCGAAAACAAAAAAGACCAGUUUCAAAAAAAAGAAACCUUCCCAAUUAAAUAUCGUUUACUCACCUUCACCUUCACUUUACGAACAAGAUCAAUUUCAAAAUAAAGUGGAACGAACAAAUGGGCCGAAUAACUUAAGCUCAAGUGAUUCAUCUCUUUCAGUAACACAGUCCCAAUGUCCAUAUUAUUUGAGUGUCGGGAGUCACAACUUGCCAUCUAACAUUGUUUCUGUACCCUCUCCACCAGCAUUACCACAACAACAAAUAAGUGUAAUUGAAGACAAUUUUGAAAAAGAAAAAUUGUCAAGAGAGCAUUUUUCAGACGAAAAAAAAAAUAUUGAUUAUUCUUUAAAAGAUGCAAACAGACCAGAACAAUACUUAGAGAAGCCACCAAUGGGAGAGCAUUUUUUGAUAGAUCCAAACAUGCGGGAAGGAUCUUUAGAAAAGUUUAAAUUAAGAGACCAGUCUUUAGUAGAGCAAUCACAAGGAGAACAUUUUUCAACACAGGCACCGGUAAAUGGGUCAUCUUGUAAAAACAAAAUUUCGAGACAACGGUCUGCUACAGAAGACUGUGCUUCUUUUCAUAAAAGUUCUUCGCCCUCCUCGAGUCAAUCCUUGCAAGGACCGGAACUCGAAGCUUCAUGUCCAAUACAGAAUCAAUCGCUACAACCACUUGAAACACCAAUGCUUCGGUCGACUUCUUCUUGUUGUGUUGCAGGCAAAUCAGCAGCCGAUUUAUUUCAAGACGUUGAAGACGAAUUUGACUCCCUUUUCACAAAUUAUUAACACGU